GUUGGAUGGACUCCAUCAUCUGAUCCAAAAAAGCUCCCUUUUUUUGUUUUCUGAGAAUCUAAUGAAAGUCUAAUUUCUUUCUUCAUUACAAACUCACAGAGAGUCCACAAUAAAGUCUCUUUGCCUGGACUUUUAGUACUCCUGAUCUUCCUAAUUUCUCUCUGUUUGUUUCUCCUGAAAAUCCUGAAACAAUAUCUCUAAUGGGUUUGAUUGAAUUUAUCGAAUCAAUCAAAUCCAUUGAUUGGGAGCAGGAAUCGUACCCAGCUUAUGAGGAUUUUGCUCUUCUUCCUCUUUUCUUUAUUUUCUUUCCCUCUGUUCGAUUUCUUCUCGAAAGAUUUGUAUUUGAGACAGUGGGGAGACGAUUAAUUUUUGGAAAUGAGCGCCAGAUGCUGGAGGUUGAGGUAAAAGAAAGAGGGAAAAGAAUUAGAAAAUUUAAAGAGUCAGCCUGGAAAUGCGUGUAUUUUCUUUCAGCAGAAGUUCUGGCUCUGUCUGUAACUUAUGAUGAACCUUGGUUUAAGAAUACUAGAUACUUUUGGGUGGGGCCAGGAGAUCAAGUGUGGCCGGACCAAAAAACUAAGUUGAAAUUGAAGGGAUUAUAUAUGUAUGCUGCUGGAUUUUACUCAUACUCAAUAUUUGCUCUGAUGUUCUGGGAAACAAGGCGUUCUGAUUUUGGGGUGUCCAUGAGUCAUCAUGUUGCAACUGUCAUUCUCAUUGUGCUGUCAUAUAUAUUUAGAUUUGCUCGCGUUGGUGCAAUUGUUUUGGCGCUUCAUGAUGCCAGUGAUGUGUUUUUGGAGAUUGGGAAGAUGUCGAAAUACAGUGGCGCUGAAGGAGUUGCUAGUUUUGCAUUUAUUCUUUUUGUUUUGUCUUGGAUCCUAUUGCGGCUCAUAUAUUACCCUUUCUGGAUCCUUUGGAGUACAAGUUAUGAAGUUAUCCUGACCUUGGACAAGGAAAAGCACCCAGUGGAUGGACCAAUCUAUUAUUAUGUGUUCAACACUCUUCUAUUUUGCUUGCUUGUUCUUCACAUUUAUUGGUGGGUCUUGAUAUACCGGAUGCUUGUCAAACAAAUCCAAGCUAGAGGCCGAGUUAGUGAAGAUGUUCGUUCAGACUCAGAAAGUGAAGACGAGCAUGAAGAUUAAUCAGGAAGCCAAAUAAUUACAGCCAUUGCGUUACUCCUGUAAGGUGUGGAGUAGUCAUGAAUUAUACGUCUGAUUUGUUCUUUAAUGAAAAUGAAACACAUACGAUCUCUGGAAUUCCUUUGUAAUGAAGGGAUUGUAUACUGAUUUUUAAGAUGAAGCGACAGACAAUGGUAGCAAUUGAUGAGGUGUACAAUUCUUUAUUUGAGAUUUUGGAUGCGAAGCACCAGCUUAGAUUUGUACUAACCCACCAAAGAUUUGUUGUGAGAGAAAUUUAAACUGUAAUAUAAUUGAUCUUUAAUACUUGAGCCUGCUGCCUGUUGUGAGGGUUUGUUAAUGCACUCAAUUCUUUUUCUAACCUACCAAGGAACUUUGGUUUAGAUCAAAGACUGUUUUACUUCAACUUCAUCAUCACUUCAAAAGUGUCCAUGGGUGAACAGAUAUUGGUCAAUGAAAUUUUACUGAGUUCUGUUCUGUCCCGUCUUUUAAAGUAUUUUCUUUUCUUAGUACUCUAUUGCUUGUUAAAGGGGAAACAUGGUUAUUUGUUCUCGGGUUAUCAGAAGAAAGGGGAACCCUUUGAAUUGGAUGUAAAGUUUAUAAUUUUGCUUACUGAGGGGUAUGUAUUAGCAUUAAAGUCUGUUUGAUCUGCACAAAAGUAUGUAUAACUAGAAAGCCUGUGAAAAUUUUCACAGUUGUACAUGUUUUUCACAAAUGGAGGGAUUUGUAAUGACAAAAAGCAAAUUGAAA